AUGAAUGGUUCACUUGGGGCCAUCCUCAUUCUUGCCAUGAAAUGGUGCAUACUAUGGGCUGUUCACGGAAGUGGUAGUUCCAUUUCCAGCCGUAGUGAUGGCUACGUGAAGAUAAACCUGAAGGAAAGAAGAAGGACCCCCCCCCAGGCUUUCCCCUCAGAAAAAAAAAAAAAUUCACCGCGUAAAUGUGCACACAGAAAAGAACUGUACAUUUGGAGCGUCGCCCAACACACAAAAGGGGCGAAGCGAAAAAGAAACAUAUCCAGUUACAGAUACAUCAAACUGGACGCAGUAAGGAGAAAAAUAAAUGGGACGGAGACACAGAAAGAAAGUAACCCCCAAAAUGAUAUGGAAACCUUUUUGAUAGUAGACGGCUCUUCGAUUUUAUUUAAAAAUUUUUUCGGAAUGCCAUACUUGAAAAAUGAGAGUGAAAUAAAUUUAAGUACCAUUUAUGGCUUUAUCCAAUCUCUGAACAAAGUGUACAAACUGUUUUGCCCGUCCUACGUGGUCAUCGUUUUCGACUCCAAGACGUCCAAUGAUGAGAAGAAGAAGAUUUACGACAAGUAUAAAAUUAUGAGGAGGAAAAAUCCAGAAGAAUUAUAUGAACAACUCAAACUUGUGAGCGACUUCUGCGAUCUCAUUGGAAUCAAAACAGUUAGCUCCAUCGAUGUAGAAAGUGAUAACUACAUUGCUGGCAUUGUAGAUAGUAUUAGUAACACUCUUAGGGAAGGAACUCCUCCCCACUACUAUUCACCAAAUGCAGGAGAAACAACAACACAGAAGCAAUUCCGAGUCAUCGUCGUCUCCAGUGAUAAAGACCUCCUGCAGCUUCUCGAAUACAACGACGAUACUCACAAUAACAUGAACAUAACCAUAUGCCAACCGAAUCGGAAGUACAGACUAGUUGACGCUAGUACGUUCAUCCAAGAGCAUAACUUAUUGCCUGCUCAAUACAGUGACUACCUCAUCAUGGCUGGAGACAAAACGGAUGGAAUUGCAGGCAUCCCAAAUAUAGGCGAUAAGACUAGCAAGCAUUUGCUGAAACAAUUUCAUACCAUUGACAACAUCCUGAAGAACCUACAUAACCUUCCUCACAAACUGCAUGCAAUUUUCCUCAACAAUGUUGAAAAUAUUAACAUGUUCAGAAAACUUAUAAAGCUGAAAUGUGAGACACACCAGUCCUUAGUGUUAAGUCAGUACAGACAGGGCAGCAUCAAGGACUUCGAGCGCUUUCAAAAUAUCUUGGACAAGUAUUCCCUUCAUAAAUUGAUAAAAAAAACCGUCAUCGUGAAUUACGACGGGGCGAAAGUCUAA